AAAUAGUAGCAAAUGAAUAUAAUAGCUCAGGUGAAGGUAAUGCUGUUUUGCAAAAGUAUAACACAUAUAUUGAAAGUAUAUUCAUCCUCUGUAUUAUAAUGGAUUUAAUGUAUCGAGUCUAUGAGAAAUUGUCACAG